CAUCUGCGACUCGUGCGUUGCACCAGGCAGCAGCAUUUCCGUAGGCGGUAGCCAAAGGCCCCAAGCGCUUCGUCCCCCGGAUCUCCCCCCGAGCCCUCCCCUCGCCCCAGAGACGAAGGGGGACCCCUACCUCUCUCCCACGCAAUUUGCCGCAGACAGAGAGAGAGAGAGAGAGAGAGAGAGAGAGAGAGAGAUCGGCAGCGGCGAAGAUGUUGAGCAGCUCCUCUCCUCCCCAGCCGCUCCAAACUGGAAGCAGCAGCUUUUAUACAGGGUUUACUCGAUUGUGCAAGGGCCUAGCUGUGAUACUAGUUUUAGGACAUGUUUUGCUUCAGAUCUUUCCUUCAGCUCUCCCUUAUGUUGCUCUUAUUCCCUCAAGCACAAUUCCGUUUGCAUGGAACCUCAUCACUGCUGGUUACAUUGAACAAUCACUUAUAGGGGUGGCAAUUAGCACAAUUGGUCUCCUUUUAUUUGGGAAGUCGCUGGAGCCAUUGUGGGGUUCCAAAGAGUUUUUGAAGUUCAUCAUAGUGGUGAAUUUAUUUACUUCAGUCUGCGUCUUUGUAACUGCUAUUGCUUUGUACUACAUUACAAGACAGGAAAGCUAUCUUUAUACGCCAUUUUCUGGCUUCCAUGGGGUUCUUUCUGGAUUUCUAGUAGGCAUUAAACAAAUUCUACCAGAUCAGGAGCUCAGUCUUUUUGUUUUGAAGAUCAAAGCAAAGUGGAUGCCAACUCUUGUUACAUUGAUAUCGAUUGCCACAAGCUUCUUUAUAACAGACUCUGUGUCUUACCUUCCAACUUUACUCUUUGGCAUAUAUAUGAGUUGGAUAUACCUGCGUUACUUUCAAAAGCGGCCAGAAACAAGCCUUAAGGGAGAUCCAAGUGAUGAUUUCUCUUUUUCAAGCUUCUUUCCUGAAUUUUUGCGGCCAAUUUUAGAUCCCAUCACUUCAUUAUUUCAUUGGGUUUUUUGUGGAAGAAGAUCUGGGAGCUCUGCUGAAUUAAGAGGUCGCUCGUUGGAUGCGUCUCCGUUGCCUGGUUCUGAUUCAAUUGAAGCAGCCAGAAGAAGGGAACGCGGAGCAAGGGCGCUAGAACAAAGAUUAGCAGCUGAGAAACUUUCUGCAGUGGGAAAGGUAGAAGGUACAUCACACCAAAGUGCUGCGGAGAAUGUUUGAUCUCCCUAGACUUUUCCCAAGAAUUAUUAAGAAUUUGUUGCUACAUGUUAUAGUUUUGUGUGUGCGCAAAUUUGAUGGUGUCUCCAUUUUGGAGUCUCCCCGUUUCUUCUUCCUCUUUUGGUAUGGACUCGAGAUGACCAAACCAAUAUGGUACAGAAACAUAGGAACA